AUGGCUCCCUCACUAGCGACACAAUGGCGCUCGUUCUGGCACACCAUCACCUCCAAUGACCGCCAUGCCUCAUACGACUCCCCUUACCGAAGCGGCAAUCACGUGCAGCUGCCUCAGAACCGGCAUUCACCCCUCACAUCCGUCGCCACGAGCGCGCUCGACUCCCGAACAGAUCUCGACCAGGACGUGGAAGCGGGCCACGGCUUUGUCAACAAUAAUGCCGGUGCUGGCCCUUCUUCACCCGCAUACUCGCCCGGCAUGCGGAAACAGCUGCAAAGGCAGAGUUCGGGCAUGGACGCCAAGAUGGAGAGCGUCGGUGCGGGCGAGAUUCAAAUGCAGAGCUUCAAUGAUGGACUACCGCCUCCACCACCAGUCGCGCAUUCUUGGCGCAGGAUUGACAGGUGGCUGGAGGACAACUACGAAGAGCUGUUUGAGAACCAGGGCGAGCCGGCGACGGUGAACGAUGUUAAUGAGUUGGAGCAUGAGCUGGACUGCACCCUACCACAAGAGGUGCGCGAAUCAAUACAGGUGCAUGAUGGACAGGAGCGGGGUGGGAUGCCGACGGGGAUACUGUUUGGAUGCAUGCUACUCGACUGCGAGGAGAUUAUCCAAGAAUGGCAGAAUUGGCGAACGGUCAACGAGGCCUACUUCAGCAGCGCAGCCAACUACGAGAUCCCACAAGCACCCAUCAAAGCCUUUGCCGGCUCCUCUUCCUCCUCCGCCGUCCCCAUCGCACAGGCCUCCUCCAACACCAACGCGCAGUGGCGCCAAGAUCUCCUCGACAAGCAGGACUCGCAACCAGCCAACGCCGUCCAAAAAGCUUACUCCCACCCCGCCUGGAUCCCACUGGCCCGCGAUUGGGGAGGCAACAACAUCUGCGUCGAUCUUGCGCCCGGCCCAACCGGGAGAUGGGGCCAGAUCAUCCUCAUGGGUCGGGACUACGACUGUAAAUACGUCGUCUCACGCUCUUGGUCCGCUUUCCUCGCCAUCGUAGCCGACGAUAUGGCAUCGAAUAAAUGGUUCAUUGACGAGGAUACUAAGGAGUUGAAGCUGCGUGAGUUUAAGCAGGCGGGGGUGGAGCCGGCAUAUAUCGAUAUCUUGAGGUGGAGGGCGGAUCAGAAAUAUGGGCGCAAGAAGCCGGCCAAGAAGAGUCUGCGGAUUAACAGUAAUGUGGCCCAGGCGGAUCAGAAUGGCUUCAGUCCUUAUGCUUCACCUACUGGAUCGGACGAAAGAGGAAGAAGUCCGAACAGAGUGUCUAAUGGCAAGGCACCGGCGACUUCGAGCCCGAGGGCGCAUGUGGGCAGUCCGCUUGCUAGGGUCACGGAGGAGAGCGCACCACAGCCGCUGAGACUGGAUACUUCGGCUCAAGCAUCGAAUGGGAGGAAGUAUGAAAAGCUGGUCUCGGUCGACACGCCUAAAUCGAGUCAUCCUUUUGCCGCGAACAUGAGCAGCUCCAAGCCGGAACAACUUGUUUCGGUCUCGCCGAUCUCGAACGAUGAGCAGGAGAAACGAGGAUCUUUCCCGUUGCCGAAGAGUAGAUUGAGUCAGAAUGUCAUGAGUUCGGAUGCGCCGGAGCUUGGGGAGCAUGAGCCCCUGGCGGGAAUGAAGGAGGUGGAGGAGGAGUUUUCCGAGGGGGAUGGGGAGAUGAAGGAUGUGAAGAUCUGA